AUCAAGAGCCUCGCAGCACCACGAGGGGGCCUGAUGCAGUAACAGGAGCAUAAGCCGUCCAAAAGAGCUUCACAGGACAGGCGGGUGUGCGCACUCACUCACCCACAGAGACAGACUGCGAUUGGAAGCGCGACGCGGUCAGGUCGUGUGUUUUGUGUUGUUGCCGCGCAGUAUCUUUUCACGCAAGUGCCGAGGGAAAAGUUUAUUUCAGAGACUCUCCAACUAACGGACAUGGCCGCUCCCAGAUCCCCCUGAACGCCAGUCAUGCGGACACAACAAAAGAUGUGGAUCCACUUACAGUCUGUCUUCUGAAUAACUCACGGACAGGUUGAGCCAUGACUGAACGGGAUGGCCACUGUGAUUUGUCCAUCGCCCCGGGGCAGGUGUAUAUCGAGGUGGAGUAUGAUUAUGAGUACAAGGUGAAAGAUAGACUUAUCUCCAUACGGCAGGGCGAAUGCUACAUGUUGGUUCGCAAAACCAACGAGGACUGGUGGCAAGUUCGUCGGGAGGAGGGCACCAAGGCUUUUUAUGUCCCCGCUCAGUACGUCCGAGAGGUCAGGCGUGCCCUUAUGCCGCCGCCCAAACCUCGCGCAAAGCCCCCUAACGUUCUUGAAAUCACCCAGUGUCGGUCGUCGAACGAAAAUCUCAACCAACGCGCUCCUACGGAACGGUCCAGCUUCGGCAGGCCACCUCCCUCGACGACGCCGUCCCCAUUGCCAGGUCAACAGACCCCGCCUUUAUUGUUGCGGGACACCAAUCAGAACUCGGGGAUGAAGAGCGUUGUUGCCGAGCUCACUCUGCUUAAUAACAACAACCAUUAUAUCUAUCAUCAUGGAAACCCCACACUUCCACAAGGACGAGCGGAAUCCCCUCCACGCCUGGGGAAGCUCCCAGGUGGGUUGUCGGUGGACACGAACGGAAGCAUGUCACUAGAAGAUGGGUUGGAGAAAAUGAGAAAUGACUCUGAAUCUGGAGAUGAGCUCAGCAGCAGCUCUACCGAACACAUGCAGGGCAUAUCUCCCACCGGACAGGGUCGACCCGAGUCCCCCGUUUACACCAACCUCCAGGAGCUAAAGAUCUCUCAGUCGUCUCUCCCACCUGUUCCCUCUUCCUCCCCUCUGCAUAUCCUGGGCGACUGGGAAACACACAAGGAUACGAGUGGAAGAAACUUCUACUACAACCGUAUGACUCAGGAGAGGACGUGGAAACCGCCCCGCUCUCGAGACAACGGGGUCACUCGUGGGGACACGUCCAACACUGGAGACAUGGAGCAUUUGUUUUCUGAGGAGAAUUGCCCCAGCACACACUCCAGUCAGUCAGACAGUCAGUACGGAUCGCCCCCUAGAGGCUGGUCUGAGGAACUGGAUGAACAUGGCCACACACUCUAUGUAUCUGAAUACACCAAUGAGAAGUGGAUUAAGCAUGUGGACGAACAAGGGCGGCCGUAUUACUACAGCGCUGACGGAUCCCGCUCAGAAUGGGAGUUACCAAAAUAUAAUCUCUCUCCUCCAAUCUCUGGAGAAGCUCCUAAGAGUCACAGUUUGGAAAGGAAACAGCAGGAGCCCAUUGUGCUGACCAAGUGGAGACACAGCACCUAUGUGCUGGACAUCAGUGACAAGCUGCCAUUCAAAAGCAGAUGGUUCAGCGUGAACCGCCUCCCCAGGGGCUUCGGCCUGUCACUGUACAGAGAAGAGUCUGUAAAUGCCAAACACAGCUCUCCUGAAUCAGACUCCUGCCCCUCUUCACCCAAACACCCCUCCACCCCCUCAGAAAAGUGUGGUGUUCUCAAUGUCACCAAGAUUACUGAACAUGGCAAGAAAGUCAGGAAGAAUUGGGCCUCCACCUGGACUGUCCUGCAGGGAUCCACUUUACUUUUUGCAAAGGGUCAGGGCAGCGGCACCAGCUGGUCGUACUGCCGCAAUGGUUCCUUUCCUGAACUCCUCCUUUCAUUGCUAAGUAACUGGAAGCGUUCGAUUAAGCCCCGGCCUGCAGUGUCCUAUACGCACUGUAGAUGCAACCGGGCUCCCUCUUUUGGAGGCAACCAGUCCAAACCCGAAUUUACAGUGGACCUGCGAGGUGGUUCGGUUGAGUGGGCAUCCAAAGAAAAGUCCAGCAAGAAACAUGUCAUUGAGCUGAAGACACGAGUGGGCACAGAGCUGCUGAUCCAGUCUGAGAUUGACAGUGUUAUCAAUGACUGGUUCAGAGCGCUUUCUGAGACCAUCAACACACAUGCGUGGGAGUCUGAUGAGGCCAUUGAAGAGGACAUGCCUGAGUCUCCAGGAACUGAGAAACACGACAAAGAGAAAGACCCACGAGACUCAAAGAAAAACAGAGUAGUAAAGAACUCCAGUUUGGAUUCGUCUGAGCAGAAGAAGACCAGAGUCAAACUGAAGAAGUUCCUCACACGGAGACCAACAUUACAGGCUGUCCGGGACAAGGGCUACAUAAAAGAUCAGGUGUUUGGCUGUAGUUUGACUGCCCUGUGUCAGAGAGAAGGCACUUCCGUGCCUAAUUUUGUCAAGAUGUGCAUUGAGCAUGUGGAGAAUACAGGCUUGAUUGUUGAUGGCUUGUAUAGAGUCAGUGGAAACCUGGCUGUCAUACAGAAACUGCGCUUUGCGGUCAAUCACGAUGAAAAGGUGAAUCUGGAAGACAAUAAAUGGGAGGAUAUCCACGUGACUACAGGUGCUCUGAAGAUGUUUAGCAGGAGAGAGUCUGGAGGGAGGGUGUGCACCACAUCCUACUGAUGCAUUGCCACUGGCACUGGGUGUGACGCACAAGCCACAGAGAGAGAAAGAGAGUCUUGAGAAAUAUUGAGAGCAGAAGACAGUGAGACAGAGAGACAACAUGAAGGGCUGUAUGGAAGACAGUGUGAGCGUGAGGUGCUGUAGUU